GGAAUGUCCUCUCUAAUCAACGAACUAACGAAGAGGUUUGCCCCGGAUACGGUACACCUCAGAACUAAAGCCGCCACCAUCCAUUGGUCAGUAGUCGACGCAGACGAGAAGAAACCCGCGACAAAGACAUCGGAGGUUGUCUGCGCUGACGGGGAACGAAUCAACGCGAACCACGUCAUCGUGGCUGUCCCACUUGGUUACCUCAAACGAAAUGCCCACAGCAUGUUCCAGCCAGCACUGCCGGCUGUUAAGUGCGACGCCAUUCAGCGGAUGGGGUACGGAACGGUGGCUAAAGUGUUUUUCUGUUACAAAAGUCCACCAUGGGACCACCCCGUCAGUUUCAUCUGGCCAGGGAGCUCCAAAACAAUGUUCCCAAACAAGCUGAAGGUAACAAGCACGAGGCCAAACAUUCUUCGAAUAGCGUCCAUUGGCCAGAAUUUGGAGGAGAUCCCGGAACGGGUUUUAGUACAGGAAGUGACCAGAAUUUUAAGCAGACUCCUUAAAACCGACGUGCCAAUACCCGAUCGCAUCGUCAAAACUAACUGGCACGGGGAUUCCCUGUUCUGCGGGACGCACCCUUAUCUGAACACGGCGAGCAGACCGCGGGACAUCAAGACGCUGGAGAUGCCCCUUUUUUCCCCCAACAAGACUCCGCUUGUUUUGUUCGCUGGCGACUAUACCCACAGCAACUACGGCUGCCUGAUGCACGCCGCGCGGUCCAGUGGCCUGAGGGAGGCACGGAGGAUAGGCUACAUCUAU